AUGCACCCCAGUGUAAUCAAACCAAAACAUUUACGUCAAGCACUAAAUUCAGUGGUAGUAAAACUAUCCACAAAGCAACUCCCUUUAGAAGUUACUUUGGAUAAUAUUCCAAUUUUUGAAAAGCUCAUUAAAAUCAGCUGUUAUACAGUUGAUAGACAAAUAACAUACAUUCUUCAAAUUCCAAUUGUUCAUACAUUCCAAUUUGAUUAUUAUCACUUAUAUUCAAUUCCAACCUUUCAUAAGGGUCUGUUCAAAGUAGUUAUCCCUUCUGGAAAAUAUCUUGUACAGAAUGAGUUGUACUUCGCUUUUGCGGGAGACGCAUGCACGGAAACGGUCGCAAAACAGUACGUUUGCAAGGAACUAGAUUUAAGAAGAAUCAAAGAAUCCAAUCCCUGUGAAGUUCAACUUCUGGAACAAAAAACUCCCACUACCUGCCAAGAAAUAGAAGCCGUAAUCACAGAGCCAGUAAUGAAGAAACUGCAUGAUUUCGGACAAUGGAUCUUGCUUAUACCCAAUGAAACCACCAUUACAUUAAGCUGUCAAGAAGACCAAGAAACAGUCAAAGUUUUGGGAUCCUACUUAGCCGAAAUUCCAGUCGGUUGUACACUGGAACUAAAUCAAGAGCCUAUAUCGAUUGAAAGUCAGCCAAUUAUUUUUUAA